AUUUUAAACCAUCUUAAAUACAAAAUGUUCUGUUUAGGAAUUUUCCUGAUUAUGAUGGGCAUAAACGACAUUCACAGCGAAACGCAUUCACUUUAUUUUUACUUUCAUUAGUUUGGCAACAUUGUGUAAUUGGUGCGACCCUACCUGUGGCCGACAGCUGUUCACCAAUAAAACAGAAUUGGUUGCCAGGUAAACAAUUACCUGCAGCUAAUAACAAAAAUAAAUUUAAAAAAAUGCCUAUCUUGGAACAUCAUAAGGUUGGCCUCAAAGAUUUGUUAGAAACUGAAAAGAAUGGACCACUCCUCAUCCAGCUUGCCAAAAGCACCACUAAACAUGUCUGCAAAACAGAGGAUCCCUCAGAGGCCCUAGAUGUUCUCAUAACACAGAUUGGCGACACGUACAAAUUACUUUCGAAACGCUCCAUCUCAAGAGAGAUAUUGUUUACGUACCUCAACACUAAAAUUCCAGGGGUGACCACGGACUUUACAAAAGCAGACCUUAUAACUAAGGUUAUCAAUUACUGGGAUCAAGGCAUUGUGUCCACCAUACCACAAAAUUCCAUUGACUUAGUUUCUAAUAGCGAACACAAAAGCGAAGAGGACUACCCGAUUCACACGAUUGCUCGAAAAUUUGGAGAGUGGUUCUUCGAAAACUUUAACAAGGACAAUGUUUAUUUGGUAGACUUGUGGAGUGACGCAACUCUGAACAUGACCAUUGUAGCCAGCGAUGGGGUGAACCAACUUGAGUCUUCCAAUGCGGCCGACGUCAUAACAGCAUUAUCAAACAUAAAGCAGCAAUUUGGAUUUCAUUUCAAUCCGAACCUGACGCACGACGGUAUUCAGGGCCGUAUGGAUGCCUAUGGCCACGUCGUGGUACUCUCCUGCGGCACGUUGCACACGAAGGACAAAUGCGUUGGCGUCUUCGAGUGCGCCUUUGGGCUUGUUCGUGAUCCUCACUUAGACAACAAUUGGAAGCCAAGACAUUUUAAGUUCCUACUGAAAAGCGCGCAGCAGCCUCCUGAACUCCACAGUCUCGAUUCAAGUGAGACCUUGCAGGCAGCCUUGGAACUUCCGGUGCCAAGCGAAGAUCUAGAAUAGCCUCUGGAAGAACCACUGGGCCGGAGUCUACAUGCACAGGUAAAAUACUUACCAACCCAUGUUAAUAAUAUUGCGUUGAGUUCCAAAUCCCUAACAAAAUUAAGGAAAUAAUUUAAAAUGUACUCACGCAGUGCAGAAAGCAAAUAACUCUUGGAGCCGCAGACGACAGAGGACUCCGCGGGACUCCCGGUCAAAAAAGCUGCAAGGUUAAAUAUAAUUAGUUUCUGGGCAUAACUAAGGUCUGCGGAAUGAGCUUAAACUGUCCCGAGUAAUUGGUCAGUACAAAGCUUAUACCCCCAAUACAUUCUUCGUCUAGCCGAAGCAGGCAUUUCUUGCAGUGAUAUUAAUUUAAAACAUGUCAGAUUCUGAUUUCGUAUACGAAUACGUAAUAAAGGAUAUUAUUGAAUUAAUAGUUAAACAAUUUAGAAGUAAGUAUUUAUGUUCUGACUGACUAAAUAAAAUAUAAAUUUCCUUUACAA